GUAUUGGGAGACCUGGUCUCUGCGGCAGUCACUACGAUGUUCUGGAAUCGGUGCGCUGCGGCGAUUAGACUCGCUUUUAAGUGAUUCGAUCGGUGUAUGUUUAUUCGAGGAGCUGAGAACCCGGAAAUCUUGUUGGUUCUGAGGGGUUCGUGACCUCGGAUCUGUGGGUUUACCUACUUCCCAUAGAGGUGCUGGAACGGAUCGUACGUUUGGAUCUCUGUAGCUUCGGGUCUUAGGUGCUUAUUUUGGCUUAGUGAUCUGUCUGAGGCUGCUAAAUAAAAUGAAUGAAGUGGUAGAUUUGUUGUGAUAAAUGAUUGUGCAGCAAAGUUCACAUUGUUGGUAUAUAUUGCCCUAAUCAUCUCCAUUGGUUUUGUCACCCUAAAAGAAUCACACGGCAUCGACAGGCAUAGAAACUGUUGUGCUUUACCAUCACUAGAUUGCCAGUCAAUUGAAUCAAAGCGGAAACAUCUUUAGUUGUUCAUUUUUGUUUGACUCGUUUGUAUUUUAGUUUGUACUUGAACUAUGCAUAAUUGUUCGCCGGUCUGAAAUUGAGUUGGAGGCUGGUUAUAUGUCAUGUUAUCGCAUGGAAUUAGCCAAGAUCACGAUACCUCUAGAGGUAGGAAUUUAAGGAAAAACAAAAACAUUCCAGUAUAGUUUCUAAAACUAUAUGGAAAACUAUGGAGUUCGAUAAAGUCAGUAAAGGCUUUCUCUCUUUUGUGUUCGAUUUUGGCAGGCUGGUUGUAUGUAAUAUUACGUUACUGCAUGAAAUUAACCAAGAUCAUCAUAUCUAUAGAAGUAGGAAGUUUAAGCAAAAACAAAAAUAUGCAGUAUAGUUACUUAAACUUUCUGGACAAGGACAACCAUGGAAUUCCGUAAAGUUAGUAAAAACGUCCUCUCUAUUUUUAAUGUUUAAAAUCCCUGCAUUUUUCAAUAUAUUUUCCUGAAUGUCCUUGAUUUAUAAAUUUCCUGCAAUAUUCCUGUAGUCCCCCUAGGCACAUUUGAUAAAGGAGAUAAGACAUCCAGGUUAACUAUCUUGGUUCUUGUGUCAAUUAUGUUCCAACAGCACGAUAUGGUGCGGAAGUCGAUCUGGGAUGCCGGGACAGAUGGUUACCCAGGCUCUUAUUUCUAAGAGCAGCAAAUACCAAUUUGGAAAAUUCACCCUUGGGAAAUUCUUGAGUCUUCUAAUGGUUUCUGGCUUAAUAUACUUGCUUGCGCACAAAAGUUCGAAGGGUUUUGUAUCUGGUGAGCUCCAUGACAAAGAAGUAGAGAGUAGACAUGCCAGUAAAGAUUCUCCCACUAUCCGUACAUUCUGGAGAAAGCCACCAAGGCUACCUCCACGUCUUCCUCCAAAUGAAAUAUAUAAGAACAGUUCAACACUUCACCACCCCACUUCAUCUGAAUGGACAUCCAGGCAGAAGAAAGUUAAAGAAGCAUUCGAACAUGCAUGGUCUGGCUACCGAAAUUAUGCGAUCGGUCAUGAUGAGCUUAUGCCUUUGAGCCGCAGAGGUGUAGACGGAUUAGGAGGUCUAGGUGCUACUGUUGUGGAUUCUUUAGACACUGCAAUAAUAAUGGGUGCUGACGAUAUUGUGUCUGAAGCAUCAAAAUGGAUUGAAGACAACCUAAUGAAAAAGAUCAGCGAGAAAGGGCAGGUCAACUUAUUUGAAACCACUAUCCGUGUCUUGGGAGGGCUUCUUAGUGCAUAUCAUUUGAGUGGUGGAGACCAAGCAGGAGGAGGUGAUUCUGGGAUAGCAGUAACACCUAACAAGACUAAUCCAGAUCGUCUUCUGGCAGUCUCAAAGGAUUUAGCAGACAGAUUAUUGUUAGCUUUUACAUCAAGUCCAUCGGCUAUACCUUUUAGUGAUGUUGUUCUUCGUGAUCGUGCUGCACAUGCAUCCCCUGAUGGCUUAAGCAGUACCUCUGAGGCUACAACAUUGCAACUGGAGUUCAGUUACCUUAGCAGAAUAUCAGGAGAUCCAAAGUAUGACUCAGAGACAAUGAAGGUGUUAGAGCAUAUGCGAACACUCCCAACAGUGGAGGGUUUGGUGCCUAUUUAUAUUAAUCCCUACUCUGGACAGUUUAGCGGAGAGAAUAUUCGACUAGGGUCGCGUGGUGACAGUUACUAUGAGUACCUAUUAAAAGUUUGGAUUCAGCAAGAAAAUUAUCGUAACACUAGCUUGAAGUAUCUAUUUGAAAUGUAUACGGAAGCAAUGAAAGGGGUCAGGCAUCUUCUUGUUCGGAAAACUACUCCAAAUGGGCUAGUUUUUGUUGGGGAGCUUCCCAGUGGACGAAAUGGUGCUUUUAGCCCUAAAAUGGAUCACCUGGUUUGUUUUCUUCCUGGCACCCUUGCUCUGGGUGCAACAAAGGGUAUCACUAAGAAAAAGGCUCUUGAAAGUAAUCUUCUAACUAAGGAAGACAUAGAAAAUCUUCAGCUUGCUGAAGAUCUGGCUAAAACUUGUGUUGAGAUGUACUUUGUGACUUCUACUGGACUUGCUCCUGAAAUUGCUUAUUUUCACAUUGAGGGUAAUCCUGAAGGUGGACCUGAUGGUGGGAACAAAAGUUCUGAAUAUAUUAGUGACAUCAUAAUCAAGCCUCUUGAUCGUCACAACCUUUUACGCCCAGAGACUGUGGAAUCCCUAUUUGUUUUGCAUAGAAUCACAGAGGAUCCAAAGUAUAGGGAGUGGGGUUGGCAAAUUUUUCAGGCCUUUGAGAAGUAUACAAAAGUUGAUUCUGGUGGUUAUACUUCACUGGAUGAUGUCACAAGCCUACCUCCACCUAGGAGAGACAAAAUGGAAACCUUCUUCCUGGGGGAAACAUUGAAGUACCUGUAUUUGCUGUUUGGUGAAAGUAAUAUUCUUCCACUGGACAAGUAUGUAUUUAAUACUGAGGCCCACCCACUUCCGGUCAUUCGGUCUGUGGUACAGGUGUACCUUUUGUCUCAAGAGAACUGCCCAUGCUUGUUUGGAAAGAUAUUAGUGAUAAUAACAUGGAUAAAAUCUGUAGAACCAGACAUGCAAGAUUUUUUCACAUAGUUGCAUGCUUUUGACACAUCGAUCACAAAUUACGCCUUUAACAAAAUUUCAUUCAAGUUAACAAACUUGAGGUCAAGCACACACAUGUCAACGAUAGAUGCAAGGGCUUAUUAUUUUCAGUUGUUAGUAAGCUCACUGCUUCUUGCAUCAAUUCCCGGAGUACAAUUAUUUAAACUUUGUGUUUGUGCUGAAAAUAUCAUUGACCAUAUGUGCUGAAAAUACCACUGAACCAUAACUUCAGUUGGCAAACAUGCAUUAACAAGUCAUCAUUUUAUGAAUUCUUGCCUUUUUUAGUGUCAGAAGGAACUGCCAUAUUACCUACCAAUAAACUAGCUUUGAGCAACAAUUAUUUUGUAUUUACAGUGCAGACGAGCUCUUGAUUGAACAGGUCAAACAUUUAAAUUCAAUUGGAAUUUCAGAAAAAUGGUUAGUACUCGAGUGAGGUCACUGCCUUCCACAGCACAACCAUCUCUAUUCUUCAAAGUAUGGAGAAGUGAGGUAAAGGACUGUCGGGCAUUUUCGUAAGGAAGAAUUGUCUGGUUCCACAGCUCUUUGAUUAUGGCUUAUCCAGUUUGUUCUAGUGGACAGUCUGCUAACUACUCGUACUUAACUGUAACUCUUUGAAAUUUUGUGAGCAAGAUAAGUUCUCAUUCGUGGCUGUGUCCUAGACUAACCAAAUUGCCUGAGUACACGGAAAUGCUUUAAAGAUAAAAUGAUUCCACCGCCUUAAACAACUUUCCUGUCUCUUGAUGUACUGAUCUCUUCCAUGUGUACCAGCCGUUUGGCUUGUCUAGGACAGACCUUUAGAAUGUUAACUGGCAUUCAGUUUUGCUCGUAGAAUUACAUGGCCUUGUCAUUAACUGGCCAUCAUCCAAGAAGUUUGGGAAGCCUUCAUCCA